GGGGCGGGGCCGGCCGGAAGGCUGCGUGCCCUCCGCGGGGCAUGAUGGGGGAGUUGGAGAUUUCCAUCAUGGCGGCUUCCAUUUCGGGCUACACCUUCAGCGCUGUGUGUUUCCACAGCGCCAACAGCAACGCUGACCACGAAGGAUUUCUGCUGGGAGAGGUAAGACAAGAGGAAACCUUUAGCAUCAGUGACUCACAAAUCAGCAACACAGAAUUUCUGCAAGUAAUCGAAAUCCAUAAUCAUCAGCCUUGUUCAAAACUUUUUAGUUUUUAUGACUAUGCAAGCAAAGUUAACGAAGAGAGUUUGGACAGGAUUCUUAAAGAUCGGAGAAAGAAAGUUAUCGGAUGGUACAGAUUCCGGCGAAACACACAGCAGCAGAUGUCAUACAGAGAGCAGGUGAUCCAUAAGCAGCUCACCCGCAUCCUUGGGGUGCCCGACCUCGUCUUCCUUCUCUUCAGCUUCAUCUCUACCGCCAACAAUUCCACUCAUGCUUUAGAAUAUGUUCUCUUUAGGCCAAAUCGAAGGUAUAAUCAAAGGAUAUCCCUUGCUAUCCCCAAUCUAGGCAAUACUAGCCAGCAAGAGUACAAAGUGUCUUCAGUGCCAAAUACUUCUCAGAGUUACGCCAAAGUUAUUAAAGAGCAUGGUACUGACUUUUUUGACAAGGAUGGAGUCAUGAAAGACAUCAGGGCGAUUUAUCAGGUGUAUAAUGCACUUCAGGAGAAAGUGCAGGCAGUGUGUGCAGAUGUGGAAAAGAGCGAGCGAGUUGUUGCGUCUUGUCAGGCAGAAGUGAACAAAUUGAGAAGACAAAUCACUCAGAGGAAACAUGAAAAGGAGCAAGAAAGAAGACUGCAGCAGGCGAUGAUCAGCAGGCAGGUGCCAUCCGAAAGUUCGGGACCGGCCUUCAGCCCCCGGAUGCCCUACGCUGGGCUUGCAGCCGAAGGUAGAAGUACGCUUGGAGACGCAGAGGCCUCCGAUCCUCCUCCCCCUUAUUCUGAUUUUCACCCAAACAAUCAAGAAAGUACUUUGAGCCAUUCUCGCAUGGAAACUAGUGUCUUUAUGCCUCGGCCGCAGGCCGUGGGUUCUUCCAGUUACGCUCCCAGCAGUGCCGGACUGCAGUGUCCCGGGAGCGACACAGACCUUCCUCCUUCCCAAAGAGCAGCUGGAGACAGUGUCGAGGAGUCCGAUGACAGCGAUUAUGAAAAUUUGAUUGACCCCACAGAACCCUCUAACAGCGAAUACUCCCAUUCGAGGGAUUCUCGGGCCCUGACACAUCCCGACGGGGGCUCCAGGAACACUCAGACCUCCCAGAUUUAGCUGAACAAGAAACUCUCCACUUAGCAUGGUUUUUCUUCAUUGCUUAUUGAGAGAGGUUUUUGAGGACUUAAUCUGGGGGAGGGGGGAGAACUGCUUUCUCAGAGCCCCGGACACCCAACAGGAGGGUCCCCGGGCACAGAACUAACUGGUAGGAGCCUCACGUCCGCCGGUUCCCACCUGCAGUCGCAGUGCGCAGGUUUCGCGACCGAAUCAUUAAGAUAAUCAAAUUGUCCUAAUUCUGGUGCGAUUCAUGGAUGUACUGGUAAAUUUAGGCAGAGUGAAACUUAUCAACAUAGUUUCUGUUCUUUCAAAUAAAUUGGAAAAAUUAGAGACUAAGCACAAUUAGUCUAUAAAUGUUCUAUAAAUCAAAAACUUACCUCUUGCACUAUCAUGCCUUGAAAUUUACUUUUUCAAAGGGAAACGAGUUUAGCAGCAGCCUUCAAAGAACCUUCUUUCUAUGAUGAGCCAAAUUCAUCUUUGCCAGAAAGAAAUUUUGAUAAUUCCAAGAAGCCUGAUUGGAACAAAUCGGAUGGACCUUCUCUUGUCUGCAUGACUUUGUGAGAUCAAAAGAGAGGGCUUUGUUUCAACUCUUUUCUACUAGCCUGAUAUCUGUUGUCACUUAAAAUGGUUGCCUUUAAAAAAAAAAAAAAUGUAGAGAUACUAAUUACCAGUAAGUAAUCAUCCAAAUAAGUAUGUCAUAAAAUAAAUUACUUAUUUUUCUUUCGGGGUAUGACAGUGACUGCUUUGUUGCACUAGCCACAUUUAUGGUCUCUGUUCUGGAGUCUUCCAACCGAAGGACACACAGCAGCAGAUAACAGAAAGGAGUUCUGCUCCAGACCUGCGCUUCAUGCGGAACAGACUCCAGACGCAGUGGAGUUAGCCGAGUUCGUACGUAAGGGAUAGAACGCAUUUAGCAAUUCUGACCAAUCCUAGUGUUAGUUUUAUUUGUGGAGGAAAGACGUUUGAAAAACCAUUUGGGAAUCUUGGUGACUAGAGAUUCGUUUUAAACCUGAAUAACCAUACUUAUUAUUUUUUAAAUUGCUACUUGGAGGAUAGUUGCGGAAUGCAUAGAGACUUUCUGUUGGGAUGCACUUCUAUUUUUAUUUAAUUACCGCUUGUUUUCUAGUUUUGCCCAGAAUGUGUGAAACCACUAAAGACAUUCAUGAGCGCGCUAGGUUCCUGGUUUGGAAAUGACAAGACCCAGCGUUUGUGAUGAGGUCAGCCCGCGAAGUUAACGCUUUGGGAUGUGACUGCCUUUCCCGUGAACUAGUUAAAACCUGUGAGGAUAAGAAAGGUUUUAAAAGAGGCUUAAAAUCCGGGUUCUGGAAAAGUAGUUUUAUUUCGUUGGAGAGAAGUCGACUCCCUGAGCUUCGGUUCCAAUACUAAAUGACACCGUGUAGACCGAAAAAUGAAAUGCUAAAAGUGCCGUUCUUCCGAGAUCCACUCUGGGGUCUGUACUUUCCUGCUGUCACGGUUUUGUUGGCCUUACACCACUGCCAUUCGAUUUGAGAUGUUGCAGACCUCUUCAUCUGCACAUGUGUUCUGGUUAUCGGCUCCCUUUAGCAGCUUCAGCACCAGUGUGAAUUUCAUUUUUUUAAGUGCCAUAGCCAUCUCCUCUGUUCAGAUUCUGACAUUCAGGAAAAUAUCUUUAUUUUUAUGCCAUACUGAAACCUACAAUGUGUAUCUGACAAAGCAGUUAAAUGUGACAAUAAAAACUUAUUUAAUCAUGGUA